AUGUCAGCCCGCGAGACCGACCAUGCGUAUGCGCCAAGAGUUCCAGUAGUUACUCAAGAAAGGGAUUGCGUUCAAUUUUUUUUGGAGCUAAAGCUGGCCUGUGUAAUAUGCGUGUAUGCUAUGGCUACUCCGCUCAACACUAAGCCGGAGGGAUGUUCACUCCUUGUCCAUUUGCUUGGGUUGGCCAUAUGGCUCAUGAAGUUUCAAGGGAGUAGGGUUAUGCUCUCUUUCAGUUCUUUCCUCCUUUCUUUACUCCCUGAGUGGAUCAAGGACCCUCUUAUUGCUUCCCUAGCCAAAGAAACCCCGCAUGCAAUACGGUUGAGCAAACUUUACUCAAGUUACCGUGGUAUCAUGGCACCGCUAGACUUAACUUCGAUGUUGAGUGGAGUUGGGGGUGCCUGUACAACAGGCAGAUGGGAGGGUCUCCCCUUCCCUCUCACAUUGGGUCUCGCCACACCGCCAAAGGGCCGUCAACCCAUCGCGACUGCGGUGAGCAGAUGGCCACAGUCUGUCCUCUACUGCUCCCUUCUCUCACAUCUCCUUCUUUGUGGUACUCCUUUCGACUACGAACGAGGCCCUGUCAAUCUCUACGCCUCCCAAACGCUUGCUGGAUUUCCUUCAAGCUCAAACCUAGACAUUCAGCAUGCUUCCGUGACAUUGAUAUGUGUUUUCAUGGUGGGAUACACACACAAAUUCCCUACUCUGGCUUCUACGCCGUGUAUCCAUACUCCGAUAUCAGGAGGUGCAUUCUCUCAACUUGAUCACCCAUCAAAAUUUCUCCCGGUUCUGCUAAUAUCUAAAACUGCCUUCCCUCUCCCAUCAUUCUCUAAUGUUUCCCCCUUCCACUCUCUACCUCUUCCUUUUUCAUACUUUGGCCUCCUCCGCUUGCUGCUUACUCUUUAUCUCGACCAUCUAUUCAUCGAAGCCACAGGCAAUGUGUUCAAACGGUCAUUAGCUUUACGGAUAUAG